AGCACAUCUUGAUAUCAAGAUAACCCUGAGGAAACAUUUUAGUCAUUACGUAUGUCCGUCAGUCCAUGUCACCAAAAACACGGAUUCUUUACCAAAUUCUAAUGCAUCUGUAGUCCCUUUCUAGAAACUGACAUGUCAAGCCACCUUCCUCCGCAGUCCAACGGGGUGGCGCCAAAAUUCAUACCCUUUUCCAGAAACACCAAUGAACAGUUUCUGUUUACGUCACCCCCAAAAUAGUAAUUUCAAUUUUCAAAUACCACCCGUCAAAUAACGUCGGCUUCCGCAGGUCCACAGCGGUCCGCCAUAACUGACCGCCACUAACAACCUCCCAACUCCUAAUUAACCCCACUACAAAGCUGAUUGCAUUCAUUUCGUUAUAGAAAUCAAUGGAGCUGCAGACCAAUUUGGAAGAAGAUGCUGACUUAAAUGAUAUUACGAAGAAGAAGAAUAAGAGAAGCAGCAAAUCAUUGAUUAUGAAGAAAUUAAGUUGUUUCAGAUCAUCAGACUAUGGACACCCGACGAUCGAGGCAGUCGACAGCCACGGUAACGUCGAUAUGGAAUCGGCUUCCACAGUCACAGAUAAAGAUCAUUGUCCGACUCACCUAGUUGUUAUGGUCAAUGGCCUAAUUGGCAGUGCUCGGAAUUGGAGAUUUGCUGCAAAACAAUUCUUAAAGAAGUAUCCCAAGGAUCUUAUUGUUCACUGCAGCAGACGUAACUCUGCACUAGCAACACUUGAUGGAAUUGAUGUGAUGGGAAGCAGAUUAGCAGAUGAGGUGAUAUCUGUGAUCGCACGCAAUCCUAAUGUUGAAAAGAUUUCAUUUAUAGGUCACUCACUUGGUGGCCUAAUAUCAAGAUAUGCUAUUGCUAAGCUCUACACACAGAAUCAAGACAGAUGUGGGAAAAUUGCUGAAAUUGAGGCUAUUAACUUUAUUACAGUUGCGACUCCACACCUUGGUUCAAGAGGGCAUAGACAGGUCCCAAUGUUCUGUGGAGUUAGAGGCCUUGAGAAAGUAGGGUACCACAGUUCAGUGGUGGUUAGAAGAACAGGGAGACAUCUGUACUUGAAAGACAAGGCUAAUGGACAGACCCCUCUCUUGGUUCAGAUGGUCAAUGAUUCAGAAGACCUAAAGUUCAUAUCCGCAUUGCAGUCCUUCAAACGCCGUGUUGUUUAUGCAAAUGUCCAUUCUGACCAUCUUGUGGGAUGGAGCACAUCAUCAAUCCGUCAUCAGAUUCAGCUGCCUAAGAUUAAAAAUCUUGUGAGAAGUGGUAGAUAUCCCCAUAUUCUCAAGGAAGAUGCAGAAAAUAUCACAAAACAAGAAACCUCUCUGGACCCACAACCCAAAACCCACAAGACUAAGACAGCCACUGCCACUGCCACCAUGGAAGAAAUGAUGAUUAAGGGAUUGAGUAAAAUAAGCUGGGAACGGGUUGAUGUCAGCUUUAAAGGAAGUAAGCAAAGAUACCUUGCACACAAUACAAUCCAGGUAAAUACCCCGUGGAUGAAUUCUGAUGGGGCAGACGUCAUACAACACAUGGUUGAUAAUUUUUUGGUGUAGAUUCCUUAGGAACCAACAUGUAUCAUACAUGGACCUAUCUCUUCUAGCAUAUUGUUACCUCUUCUUACUUCUCUCAUUAUAUAUAUAUAUAUAUAUAUAUAUAUAUAUAUAUAUAUAUAGAGAGAGAGAGAGAGAGAGAGAGAGAGAAUCAAUGGCGAACUCUUUUGACGGAGGGAACCAACGAACCAACAAUACAAAAUUUCGAUUUUUGUGGCUAGAGAUGCGUCGAACAACACUUCAACCUCUUCAAAUCGACGCAGGGCAGUGCCAAUGCUUCGAAGCGAUUGAACGUAAGCAAGAUUGAAAAGUAAACUUUAAAAAAAAAAAUUAUGCAUUUGAUUGAUGCAUUGCUUUGUUUUUCUAUUUGUUUCAUUGAAACCUAAUUACUAAAUCAUUGUUCGAUUAUAGAGAUUGAAAUUUUAUUAAUUUGAAGUAAACUUUAAAAAAUAUCGUAUGC